AUGAAUUUCAUAACUGCUCGCCAACAAGCCAAGCGAUUAUCAGUUUUUGCUUCAAGGGGUAGAAGAUUUGUGGGUGCUACAAAAUCACGGAAGGCGACGUCAUACGCAAGUCAGGCCUUCGGGAAGGGCUCACAUCAGACGACUGCUAUCUUAAAUUCUAACAAGGUUUUUCACGAUCAUAAAUCAGACCUUGAAGAAAUCCUGCUUUCGUCUUCAGUUGAUAAUGUGCUUACACCUAGCUCUAGUGAGUUUUUCAAAUCUUGGAGUCUUUUUGAAGCCUGUUUGUUCUCUAAAGACUAUGAAAGAGCUGAUUUGAUAUUGCAGAGUCUGGCAUCCUUGAAUAACGCUUCAGAUCCGAAUAAUCCGCACAAAUAUUUUCACGAUGGAAUAUGUGAGUUUCUUGCUACAUGGGGCCGCAGUGAAGAUGUGUCAAUGGCGGAUGUGGAGUGUUGGCUAAACACAUUUACUGCCUUUGACUCAUCAUUUAAAAACGAACCUAGAAUAAUUGCUUGGAUCAUAAAGCUGAAGUUCGAAAAGAACGCUUCCCUUGCGGACAUUUUUGAAGAAUUUGAUCAAUACAACUUGAGGAAGUUUCGCAACAAAAGGGCUGAUAUUUUAAGAUUCGUUGACGUGAUUGGUGUUAACAACGUCAGGACAUUACUUUCCGCAGAUCCGACGUUGGUCAGCGAGCUUCCCUCAGAAUAUGAAAAGUUUUUUGGUUUAUUGAUGGGGAGGGAUAAUGAAGAUGGAAGUACUGUUUCUGAAGACCACCCAAUUGACACAAAGUUGGAAUCAUUAGCAGAAGCAGAUAAUGAUAAUAUAGAGAAUCAUCAGCACGAAAGGUCCGCUCAAAAGGACGCAGGAGAAGGCAGAGCACCAGCAAUAGUGGACAACCAAAUGGAUGAGCUCAUGCCCGUUUCUUCAUUCAAUUUGAGGGCAAUAAGACAUACACUUUUAGGAUUAGUGGAUUCAUACAGUGGGGAUGGUCAAUUUUUAGAUAAGUUCUUUGCUCUCGCCAAGCAGGAGAAGCUGGACAUCAAUUAUGAGAAAUACGAAAACUUAGAAACGAAAGUUGAUUUUUUUGAAAUGAAAUGCGCAUUACCAUUAGAGCAACACGAGAAAUUUGAUCUUAUUUUAGAUAUUGUUUCUGAAGAGCGCCAGAAGAAAGUCGAGUCAAAUAGUGUUGAAGCUGCAAGACUAAAAUGGGAACAUGAAUUUGAAAAUAUAAAAGACAAGAGCAUGCCAGCAUCGAUAGGAUCAUAUUUGCAUGACUGGCUCACCAACAUGCAACCUUUGAUUGAGCAAGAGAUUGAAGAAUAUUGGGUUGCACGGAAGCUCGAGAAAGAAAAUCAGCUCGAGGAUACGUCGAGUUUUGAUAAAGAGAGGUAUUCUGAAAAACUGAAGCAUGGUCCUUAUUUAACGCUUUUGAAGCCUUCAAAGUCUGCAAUCACGACUAUAUUAGAAGUCAUUAAAACCUGCGUUUCUUCAGAUCUUGCUCACGGGGCCCCGGUUUCCAAGGUCGUUAUGGCAAUCGGCCGUGCUAUGGAAUUGGAAUUUAAAGCUCAAAGAUUACUUGCUGCAGAUAUCGAUGUUAAUAAGAAUUUCAGGGCCAUAAGGAAGACCCCUGAAUUCAAGAAAUUUGUCAGGGGCGCAAAAGCCUCUCAGUUGAUUCGCGAAGCUGAGAAACGAGCUGAAUCUUCUGCUGGGCAAUCGAUUGCUUUCGUCAGCUGGGACACAGAUAGCCGGUGCCGCGUCGGAUCUGUUAUGCUUUCUCUACUUCUACAGGUCGCGAAAGUCGAUGUGGAAGGAACCGAUCCAAUCACUGGCGAUACCAAGACUGCUUUGGCCCCUGCAUUCUAUCAUACUUAUGAUUACCAAAAUGGAAGUAAAGUGGGUGUCAUCAAAUUGAAUACCAAGUUUGCUUCCAAGCUAGGCACGGAAAGAGUAGACAACACUCUCCAACCUCAUUUCAUGCCAAUGAUUGCAAAGCCACGUCCAUGGACCACCCACAAUGAUGGUGGCUAUUACCUGAAGAAAUCCGCGGUGUUGAAGGCUAAAAAUUCGCCAGAACAAGCCGCCUAUGCACGUACAGCCGCUAUUAAAGGUAAAAUGGAUACAGUUCUUCAAGCUCUAAACAAUUUGGGGUCUACUGCAUGGACCGUAAACAAGGAGGUGCUCAAGGUCAUGAUUCAGGUGUGGAAUACAGGAGAGGAAUUUUUGGAUAUACCUAAAUUUCGGGAAACACUAAACUUGCCUCCUCAGCCUUCGACAGAUGCCAGCCUGGAAGAAUUUUUCAAACACAAGAGAAAGUGCCAGCUUAUCUGCCGAGAGUUUUCGAAAGAUCGCUCGAUGAGAUGUGAUACCAACUAUAAAUUGGAAAUUGCGAGGGCAUAUGUUGGUGAACGAAUUUACUUUCCUCAUUCUCUCGAUUUUAGAGGCAGAGCUUAUCCGAUGCCCCCAUACUUCAACCAUCUCGGAAAUGAUUUGUCGAGAGGCUUACUGAAGUUUUGGAACGGAAAACAGCUGGGUGAGGAAGGUUUGAGGUGGCUCAAAAUCCACGUCUGCAAUCUUAUGGGAUUUGAUAAGUUAUCGCUGAAUGACAGAGUGAAGUACGUUGAUGAUCACCUGGACGAGAUUUUUGAGUCAGCUAGGGAUCCUUUGGGUGGUUCUAGAAUGUGGGUGAACGCGGACAAGCCUUGGCAAUUUUUGGCUUCUGCAAUGGAGCUGGAACGAGCUUACAGAUUACCGGAUCCUACCCAGUUUAUUUCUCAUCAACCUGUGCAUCAGGAUGGAACUUGUAAUGGCCUUCAACACUACGCUGCGCUUGGUGGUGAUAUUGAAGGUGCCAGACAAGUCAAUUUGGUGCCCGCUGACAAGCCAUCUGAUGUUUACACUCAUGUUGCUCAUCUGGUGGAAAAGUCUGUUCAGGAAGAUCUUGAGGCAGGAUCGGAGGAGGCCAAAUUAGUGAAGGACGUCAUUAGCAGAAAACUUGUUAAACAAACCGUGAUGACCAGUGUUUAUGGUGUUACCUACGUUGGAGCGCGUGCACAAAUUACGAAGAGACUGAAGGACAUUGAAUUUGAUGAAAAGUAUAUCUCCAUGUCUUCGAAAUACUUGACACAAAAAGUUUUCAAGGCUAUCAGAGAGCUGUUUGACAACGCCCAUGCAAUCCAAGACUGGCUCAUAAUUGCCGCAAAGAGAAUUAGCAAAUCUGUUAGAACAGACAUCGACAUUCCUCAAGAUACUGAUUACAUGUGCUCUGUUAUUUGGACGACACCCAUGGGAUUGCCUGUUGUUCAGCCUUAUAGAGAGUACAAGGGAAGGCCAGUGCAGACUACGAUGCAAACAAUCACAAUUGUCGAUCCUUAUCAAGUGAAACGUGUCGAUGGUCGUAAACAGGCUAGUGGGUUCCCUCCAAACUUUAUUCACUCCUUAGAUGCCACUCAUAUGGUAUUAUCCGCCAACAAAUGUUCAGAGGCAGGACUUGUAUUUGCUUCAGUUCAUGAUUCUUAUUGGACUCAUGCGUCAGAUGUCUCAGUCAUGAACAAAAUUCUUAGAGAGCAAUUCAUCCAUUUGCACACGAACAACCUGAUUGAAAAAUUGGAUAAAGAACUUAGAAUGAGAUAUGGUAAGAAUUUGAUGGUCAUCGAGGUUAACAGUGCCAGCGAUCUGGCAAUGGAAUAUAAAAAAUUCCGCCAUGGCUUGCUUUCAGAGCUCAAGAGAAGCCCGACUCUGAUUGACGAAGCAAUGACGGAGAGAAAGAGACAGUUAUUAUUGCAGUCCGGUAAUAAGGAUGAUAUUGAAAGAGCGCAAAAAAUGGUCACGCCGGUGACCAUCGCUGAAAAAUGCAACUAUAAAAACGCACUUGGAUUUGAGGGUAAGAAUGGCACCUCGAUUUUAGUCCCCUUUGACUUGCCACCUAUCCCUUUGAAGGGUGAGUUCGACGUGAAUGUGGUCAGAGAUAGCCCAUAUUUCUUUUCUUGA